UCAUCACCGAAGACAUGGCCGCCGGACGAAGACAUCGACUCUUUGGAUCAGUUCUCAGUUUCAAUUCUGACCGUGAAAUCAGAGCGAAACAGUGGUUAUAAAAGUUACGGCACUUCUUCUUCGGCCAAUCGGUCCGAAGUUAACGAUAAUUACGUGGACUACGAGUCCAAUGAGACAAAUGAUGACAAUCUGAUGGAAGUUUUGGAUAAUUUCCGGGAAAACUGGAGACGAGAGUUGGAAAGCACUAAGAAUUGCAAUCAUUUGAGGCAAUGA